GCUAAGAAGAACCUCUUCAUAGCCUUCGACGCGUUUGGAACCCUGUUCACGCCGAAACUACCCAUUGGACAACAGUACGGCGCGAUCGCGCGCAAACAUGGCAUUUGCAAAGAGGUGUCAGACGAUGAUAUUAUGAGAGCAUUUGGAAAAUCUUUCAAGAAUAGAUCGAAAGAGGCACCGAACUAUGGCAAAGCGGUUGGAUGGGACCCGACAGUUUGGUGGGGACACGUCAUAACCGGCACCUUCAAGCCCUUCCUCUCAGAGGGUCAAACCCUACCAAAACGUCUCAUUCCUGAUCUCCUGACACACUUCGCAUCACGCGAAGGUUAUGAUUUGUACCCAGACGUGGUUCCGAUCUUCAAGAUGUUCCGAGAAAUGAAGCAGCAGCAGCAGCAGCAGCAGCAGCAGCAGCAACGGCAGCAACAAAAUGCCUGGAAAUUCGACCGCACCGUCAUAGGCGUCGUGACAAAUUCUGACGACCGGGUUGCCGGUAUUCUGCGCUCCUUCGAUCUGCGCGUCGGCCAUGGUAUUUAUGGUGAGCCAAUGCCCCCGCCGCCUGCACGCGCACAUCCCGCCAAGCCUGAGGACAAUGAUGUCGAUUUUGUCCUCACCAGCUAUGAUUGCGGAUACGAGAAGCCGCAUAGAGGCAUCUUUGAUGCGGCUAGAGAGAUGUUGCUGCAGCGCUUCAGUGUUGUGGAUGAGAGCGGCACACGGUCGCCGGAAGACAGCUGGCAGAUGCUUUAUGUCGGGGAUGAGUUUGCGAAGGACGUGGUGGGUUCUGAGGCUGCGGGAUGGGAUGCAUUGCUCAUCGACAGGGAG